AUGGUAGGUAAAACUGAUGCAAUUGCUUGAAAGAUUUUGCUUUUCUGUUGAAAUGUGCAGGAUCAGAUGGACUGUCAUUCAUAUGUAGAUGUAUAUACCUAUAUGUCUUUCACUUUACUGUUGCGACACAAGUCUACCAUCCCCCGCGCCCUAUCACAGGAAACUACAUUCUUGCAUGUUGCGGCAAAAACAUUUCCUGCCCUCAAUAUGUCAGAAUAGUGUCAUGAAUGUUUAAUGCAUCCAUGCAAGCUGGAUAGAGAUCUCAACAUCUAAACAGAACAAGCAGACGUCUGCUACACCCUUUCUUCGUUUCUAUUUCCAGUCCAUAAACCAUUUCUAUUUACUUUAUCUGAAGCACAGAAGUAAAGAAACAUAUCGCUCAUAUUUCCAGAGUGACAGAAUCUGAGUGAUUCGUCUUCAUCCUUUAAUGUGCCUUUUUUUUGCAGUCAAGCACCCUGGUUGUGUGCGAGGUCGAUGAAAGUCUGCAAGAGAGACUGAAAAAGUUUCGAUUUCGAAAAGAGACCAACAAUGCUGCCAUCCUUAGUAAGUAUCACAUACUGAAGAUCAAAGUUUUUGUAACUUAAAAUUCACAGAGAACAUCAAAAAAUGUAGAUCAGAAAAAAAUCUUGAAUAUUUUGCACCACACAGUGAAAAUAGACAUGGAGAAACAGCUUGUCAUCCUUGAGGAGGAAUAUGAGGCGAGUACAAUUUCAUAUUCCUUUAGAUUCAUUCUGAAUUACAACUCACUUAACACAAAACUUUCUUUUAGGACAUCUCACUGGAUGAGUUGAGAGAUGAACUACCAGAGCGGCAACCCAGAUAUCCUGACUUAAUGUUUUAAUUAUGAAGCAAAAUCCUCUAAUUCAGUCUAUAUUAAAAAAUAAAAUCCUUUGGAGAUGUUGUGAGAAAGAGGAUUUGAUCGAGUUUUCAAUCUGGAGAAAGUUUAAGUGCCUUGACUGUACAGCACAUUCAUCGUCUACAGCUACAAAUAUGUCCACGCAGAUGGCAGGGUGUCUUACCCUCUGUGUUUCAUAUUCUCCAGUCCUAUGGGUGAGUAGAGGAAAAAAUACCAGAAUCUAAUAAUACAUUUAAUUUAACAGGUUCUUCUCUGCCUGAAAUCACUCCAAUUAAAAUGUGUCGUUUCAACAAUGGUUGCAUUUGUUCGAAAUAGUUCAGGUGUUUAAAAUAUUCCAGAAAAGUGUUCAUGUCUUUUUUUUUUCUCAGGGUGUAAGCCAGAGCAGCAGAUGAUGUAUGCAGGCAGCAAGAAUCAGCUGGUCCAGGCUGCACAGCUCACAAAGGUAGCUCAUAUUGACGAAAACACCAUCUUUAAACUGACCAGAAACUCGGUCAGAAACUUGUGUUGGGUUGCGUCUUUCUUUUCUCCUAAAAUUCCCAAACCUCUGGCCUGAUAAUUAAUGAAUGCAUAAUUCUGAGCUGUCAGGUAUUCUGAUAACACUUUCCUUUUUUAUUUUCCUUUGAGGUCUUUGAAACAAGAAACGCUGAUGAACUGACGGAAGAAUGGCUCAAGGGCCAGCUGGCAUUUUUCCGCUAA